ACCCAAGAAGUCACUUAAAAAGACUUUUUCAAAACAAAUUAAAAUGAACCAAUCGAUGAAACGUCUUUUUAGCAAAUCGCUAUGUACAUCGGCCGCCGGAGCCAAUCUAAAACCACCGCCGGGGCCGGCAGAUCCCGCCGCCAUAGCUAAGCUCAUCCUCUCUUCUCCCACCACAACUCACCAAACCCUAGACGAUCAAUUUCUACUCUCCACCAAAACAACCCCAUGGACCCCAAAUCUCGUGAACUCUGUUCUCAAGCGCCUCUGGAAUCACGGCCCUAAAGCUCUCCAAUUCUUCCACUUCCUCGACAAUCACCACCGCGAGUAUGUCCACGACGCUUCCUCCUUCGACCUCGCAAUCGACAUUGCCGCCCGUCUUCACCUCCACCCCACCGUCUGGUCACUCAUUCACCGUAUGCGCUCUCUCCGCAUCGGUCCUUCUCCCAAAACCUUCGCUAUCGUCGCCGAGAGGUACGCUUCCUCCGGGAAACCCGAUAAAGCGGUUAAGCUAUUUCUGAAUAUGCACGAACAUGGUUGUUUUCAGGAUUUGGCUUCUUUCAAUACGAUUCUCGAUGUGUUGUGUAAAUCUAAACGCGUUGAGAAAGCUUAUGAGUUGUUUAGGGCUCUUAGGGGAAGAUUUAGUGUUGAUACAUUCAGUCGCGGAGAGGAGUUGAUGCAGAGGAUGCAGAAUGAAGGCUGUGAACCUAACUUCCAGACAUACAAUAUGAUGAUACGCUAUUAUUCGGAAUGCAGCGAGGUUGAGAAAGCAUUGGGUUUGUUUGAGAAGAUGGGGAGUGGCGAUUGCUUGCCAAAUCUAGAUACUUACAACAUACUGAUUAGUGGAAUGUUUGUGAGAAAAAGAUCAGAAGAUAUGGUGGUCGCUGGUAAACUAUUGCUUGAGAUGGGAAUCAAGCUUUCGCAAAGGAGAUCUUGCGAUUACAGAGUAAAUCUGGUAGCAGGCUUCUCCGGAAGUUCAGGCUAUGAAGUUCCUAAUCUGCAUGUGAUAGGGGAUAGACUCUUGCUAUGUUUACAUCAAUCAAUACCUGCCCCAAACAUUGCAUUGCAGUUAAUGGAGACUGGACCAGGAAAAGGCAUUGAUACAUUGUUCAAAGAGCUUCAUGGGAUAUAGCAAGAACAGGUUAUUAUCAAUGCCAAACUACACAAGUGCUUUAUUAUUAUGGGCAAAAUUUCAGUGCCUUUUACAGUAGCUGUGAUUGUGAGUAUAGAAAAUGGAAUUGAUACAAAGUUGGAAAAUUCUUGGUGUAAAUAAAUGAUACAUGUGAAU